AUGACAGUUAAACAAAAAGUUUUAGUACUUGGUAAACCCAAGCAACAGUUCCUCAAAGAAUUCAAUGGGAAAUUUGAAUUUAUUCAUUAUGAAAUAACCACACUUGAAAAAGUUUUACAUGAUUUUCAAACCAAGCUUGCAGAUAUAGAAGCAAUAUAUGCAGGCUGGUCGGGGUUUCACAAGAUUGGUGGGUUUAGAGGAAAACUAAUAAGUUUUGCUCCCAAAAAUCUUAGGAUUAUAGCUAGUUGUACAGUAGGUUACGAUCAUUACGACAGUCAGGGGAUGGCAGAAAGAGGUAUUAUAUUAACCAAUGUCCCUUCUCAAAUUGCCUUUGAAGCAGUUGCAGAUCUUGUCUUAUAUAAUACAAUCACAAGUUUUAGAAAUUUUAAAAUAUUUGAAAAUCACUUUGGACCAGAUAUUGGUCAUACUGCUAUAAUAAGAACAUCUGUAGUCGAAGGUGAAUUUGAUCAGCAGUCAGGAAAAGCUCUCAUACAAACUACUUUUGGUGAUGGAUAUGCCGAUGCUUGUUGUGGAAGAGAAAACCUCUCUCCUAGAGGUCAUAAUGCAGUUAUUGUUGGUUUUGGAAAUAUUGGGAAACUAAUUGCAACCAGGUUGGCAUGUAUAGGAAUGAAUAUACAUUAUGUCAAAAGAAGACCUCUAAGCGCUGAAGAAGAGAAAUCUGUUGGUAUUAAGAUGACAUAUCAUCAAUCUUUGGCAGAUACAGCUGAUUUUGCCGAUCUUAUAGUGAUUGCGUGUCCAGGUACUCCUGCUACCAAGCAUAUGAUAAAUGAAGACUUAAUAAAUAAAAUGAAGAAGCAAGUGAGAAUAAUUAACAUUGGUAGGGGAUAUGUUAUACAUGAAGAAGCUUUAGUCAAUGGCUUGAAACUGGGUAAGGUAUUGUUUGCUGGUUUAGACGUAUUUGAGCAUGAGCCAGGUGUUCAUCCUGAGUUGUUUGGUAGAGAAGAUGUAGUUUUGACCCCACAUAUUGGCUCGGCUAUAACAGAGAAUGAUAAAUUUACUGCUAUGACAUCUUUGAAAAACAUUGAAACCGUUUUGUUUGGUUAUAGUAGGGAAUUAACUAGAGUAAAUUAG